AUGUUCCUCCACCAUUUACUUGUAUCUUCUCAUUUUCUCCCUUAUAAUCAUCUUUUUGAUUUUUUCUUUCUCUUUACGUUUCAAUCAUUUGGUGUUGUCUCUCUCUCUCUCUCUCUCUCCAGUCUGUCACUUUCUCUCUCACUCACUUUAUUUCUCUCUCUCUCUCUCUCUCUCUCUCUCUCUCUCACACACACACACACACACACUCUAUCACUCACUCUCUCUCUCACCUUCUUUCUCUCUCUCACCUUCUUUCUCUCUCUCACCUUCUUUCUCUCUCUAACUCUCUGUCUCUCAGUUCCUCUGUCAGUUUCUCUCUCUCUUCUUUUCACUCUCUCUCUCUCUGUCACUUUUUUCUCUCUCUCUCGCUCCUUCUCUAUCAGUCUUUCGCUAUUUCUCUCUGUCUCUCUCACUUUCUUUCACUCUCUCUCUCUCUCUCUCUGUCAUUCUCUGUUUCUGUCACUCUGUCAGUUUCUCUCUCCCUUACUUUUACUCUCUCUAUGUCAAUUUUCUCUCUCUCUCUCUAACUCUCUCUAUCUCUCGGUCACUCUGGCACUUUUUCACUCUCUCUUUCUGUUACUCCCUCUCUCUCUCUCUCUCUCUGACACUUUCGUUCUCUCUCUCUCUCUCUCUCUGUCAUUCACUCUCAGUCACUCUAUCACUAUCUUUCUCUCUUUCUUUCAAUCUCUCUAUGAUUUUCUUUUUCUCUCUCUCUCUUUCUUUCACCCUCUCUUACUCUCACUCUUCCUUCUCUCUCUCACUGUCUUUCACUUUGUCACUCUGUCACACUCCCUCUCUUUAUCACACACACUCUCUCUCUCUCUUGGUCACUCUGUCACUUUCUCUCUCUUCCUUUCAAUCUCUCUCUGUCACUUUCUUUUUCUCUCUGUCACUCCUUCUCUCUCUCAGUCACUUUCACUCUCCGUCUCUCUUUCUUUCACACACACACACUCUCUCUCUCUCUCUCUCUCUCUCUCUCUCUCUCUCUCUCUCUCUCUCUCUCUCUGUCACUAUCUCGGCAACUGUCAUUUUCUCUCUGCCUUUCUUUCAUGUAAUCUCUGUCAUUUCCUCCCUCCUUCUGUCACUUUAUUUCUCUCUUUCUCUCUCUCAUCUAUGUCGCUCUCUCUUUCACGCUCUCUCUGUCACUCUCACUGA